AUGAGUAUGCCUCGUCUCUCGUCUUCCAGGGUGCUUGCUAGCCCCUGGAAGAAUGCCAGCGCUUCAUUUACUCCCAAGCACAUCAACUUGCGUGUCAACUCCCGGGGCCUAUCGGUGGUGCUUAGGCCGUCGCCGCCGCCGCCGCCGCCGCAGCAGCCAUUGCAGUUUACUAGACGAUUCUCGUCUCCGGUUGAUUUUGCAGCUGAGGGGCCUCAAGAUGUUGUAUCUGAGAAGCAGGAAAUGGUAGUUGAAACGGGGGGCAUCUCGGCAGCAAAUAGGACAGAGAAUAUCCCACCAAAAGUCAAGAAAUUUCUUGGGUACAUUGAAAUGGAAUUUGUCGUUAAGGGGAGGCCAGCCAUUGCAUUUUAUGGAGAAUUCUGGCUCAGGGACAACUGCCAAUGUCCGAAAUGUAUCCACCCAGACACAAGACAGCGGAGUGUGGAUACUUUCAAGAUACCGCAAGAUGUCAGUGCCAACAAGGUCAGAUAUGAAAGUCGGGCCGUUGUAGUCGAUUGGUCUGAUGGCCAUACUGGUGUCUAUCCUAUCUUUUGGCUUCUUGCACAUCAAAACAAAUCUCCCGAGAGACCAUACCCCUCGAAACCAGGACCGUCUUUGCGGCGCUUCAGAAAGUUCCAUCCGACUGAUCCAAACUCAUCUUAUCCCACUGUCAAACACGAAGAAGUCAUGAAAGAUAACAAAGCCGUGUUUGACUGGCUUGAGAAGAUAUAUGACUGGGGAUUCUGCUUUGUCGAGGGCGUUCCUGUCGAACCACAGGCAACACAAAAACUGAUAGAGAGGAUUGCCUUUGUCAGGCAUACCCACUACGGUGGCUUCUGGGAUUUUACAGCAGACCUAAGUUACAAGGACACUGCAUACACGACGGAGUUUCUUGGUGCACAUACGGAUAACACUUAUUUUACUGACCCCGCCAGACUUCAACUGUUCCACCUCCUGUCCCACACUGAUGGUCAAGGAGGGGAAAGUUUACUUGUUGAUGGAUUCCGGGCAGCCCAACUCCUGAAACUCGAAAAUCCUCAGCACGCUAAGGCAUUGUACAAGUAUCGGCAGCCGUUCCACUCCAGUGGAAACGAAGAUGCGUGCAUUCAGCCUGCCAUUCAAUAUCCUGUAUUCGUCACUCAUCCCACGUUCAAGCGGCAACUGUAUCAGAUUCGAUGGAAUAAUUACGAUCGAGCAGCCAAAGUGGACUGGAGCUCGAAGGAACAGGAAGAAUGGUACUCUGCAGCACGACAUUUCAACGAAAUCAUACAACGGAAGGACUUGGAAAUCUGGACACAACUCCAGCCGGGAACAGCGCUCAUUUUUGACAACUGGAGAAUGCUCCAUGGACGUUCAGAGUUUGUCGGAAAGCGUAGGAUGUGUGGUGGCUACGUGAACAACGACGACUUCCUCUCCCGCUACCGUCUUCUCAAGUUCGGUCGUGAGGCUGUUUUGCGAAACCUCGGAAAUACGUACAAUUCUGAGAGCAAUCCUAACAUGUUGUUCUAG